AUGGACAUCGACUCAAAGAUCAAGGCGUACCGUUUCGUUGGUUACGCGGCUCUCACCUUCUCAACGAUCGCAGUUUUGUCGGUGUGCGUCACCUUGCCAAUGGUGUACAACUACAUUCACCAUGUCCGUCGCACCAUGCACCACGAAAUCAUCGAGUGCAAGGCUGAGGCCAAAAAGCUUUGGGGAGACGUCUAUGCCAUCCCAGACCUUAUCGGCGGAGCUCGCAACCGUACCGCUCGUCAGGUGAACGGGCAGUGCGAGGGUUGCUGUCUUCCAGGAGCUCAGGGACCACCAGGAGCUCCAGGAAGCACAGGACGACCAGGAAAGCCUGGAGCGCCGGGACUCAACGGAAAUCCAGGACGUCCACCAAAGGAGCCAUGUGAGCCAAUCACUCCACCACCAUGUAAGCCUUGCCCUGAGGGACCACCAGGACCAGCCGGACCUCCAGGACCAGCUGGAAACAAGGGACCACUUGGACCACCAGGACCACCAGGACCUCCAGGAGGCCCAGGAAUUCCAGGAAACAAGGGACCAUUGGGACCACCAGGACCAGGAGGAAAGCCAGGACCAGCCGGACCACCAGGAGAGAACGGACGAAACGGAGAGCCACAGCCGGGAUCACCAGGAGAGCCAGGACGUCCAGGACAGCCAGGGCCACGUGGACCAGCUGGAGAACCAGGAAAGGAUGGAGCUCCAGGAGCGCCAGGAGAGAAAGGAGCUCCAGGAGAGCCAGGACAGCCAGGACGCGACGGACAGCCAGGACAUCCAGGUCAGCCAGGAAAGGAUGGCCAUCCAGGAGAGAAGGGAGUCUGUCCAAAAUACUGCGCUCUCGAUGGAGGAGUCUUCUUCGAGGAUGGAUCGCGUCGUUAA